ACGCACCCUGCAUUACGAUUAAUUUAUGUGUAAUAUAUUCUCUUUUUUGUUGGCAUUUAACCAUUUAACUGCCUGUAAUCUGCGACGCAGCGCCGCGGAAAACGCGUCUGCGCACACCGUGCUUGUUCUGAUGUCAGUGUCUUUUUUUUCUUUUCUUUUUUUUUGACCCCCUUUUGUCAGUGAUUGGGUCAGAGGUCCCGCUUGCCCAUAGCGAGAAAAGAGAAGUGGCGACAAAAAGGAGCUGAGACUGAAUUGCUGAAGCCGUCAGUUCCCUUCCAGACCUCGAGCGAAGCUGAGCUGAGCAGAGCAGAGACUCUUUUUUUUUUACUUCUUCCAAUUUUAAUGCGACGUGAUUCUGAAGGAGGGCAUGAUGCUUCUCCUGGUUCUGACGCUGGAGCUCCUGCGCUGUGCGGCCCAAGCAGAAUUGCAGCCGCCGGUGAUUAGGGUGAACUCGAAAGUUCUGAACGGGUCCGAAGUGGUCCUGGGUCCCGGGACGCCCCUGGUUCUGCAGUGCACGGGGGGCGAUGACGUCACCUGGAGCCCCCGCCUGGCCAAGCACCGGAAGCACAUCUCCAGGACCCCGGGGAGGGAGAGCACCCUGCGGGUCGACCGGCCCACCGCAGAGCACACUGGGACAUACAAGUGCGAGUACAGGGCCCGGCCGGGCCUGCAGGCGUCCGUCCACGUCUACGUCAGAGAUCCGAAAAACCUUUUCACCACCACGAGCACCACGGGCCGGUUGGUGAAGAAGGAGGGGGAGGACUGCCUGCUGGCCUGCCUGCUGACCGACCCCAGCGCGACUCACUUCACCCUGCGCAUGCACAACGGGUCCGCCGUGCCCCCCGGGAUGAACUUCACGGCCGACCCCAGGCGGGGGGUGCUCAUCCGAAACCUGCACCCCAGCUACAACGCCGACUACAUCUGCAGCGCCAAGGUCGGGGGGCUGACGAAGAUUUCCAGAGCCUUCUCCAUCAACGUCAUCCAGAAGCUGCGGUCCCCGCCCUACGUAUUUCUGGAGACGGAUGAGUAUGUGCGCAUCGUCGGGGAGCAGCUGCGCAUCCGCUGCACCACGCACAACCCCAACUUCAACUACAACGUGACCUGGAAGCACUCCUCACGCACUUUGUUACCCCCAGAGGAAAAGGUUCAUUCGGAAGGCAGUCGCCUGGACAUCGUGAGCAUCCUGACCAUCCCCUCGGUGAGCAAGGCUGACACGGGGAACAUCACCUGCCAGGGCGUCAACGAGGCCGGCGUCAACAGCUCCACCACCUACCUGCAGGUCGUAGACGAUCCGUACCUCCAGCUCUCCCCGUGGCUGCCUCCCAAAUUCACCCACCAGGGCACGGACGUGGAGGUGAACGAGGGGGAGGACCUGGAGCUGAGGGUGCGGAUCGAGGCCUACCCCCGGAUCCUGGAGCACCGGUGGGCGGCCCCCUCCUCCCGCAACAUCUCGGAGCACGAGCAGAAGUUCUACGCGCGCAACAACAGGUAUGAGGCGAUCUUGCUGCUGAAGAGGAUGAACUUUGACGAGCAAGGCCAGUACACCUUCUACGCCAGGAGCAGCAAAGGCAACGCCUCUGUUUCCUUCAACGUGCAGAUGUACCAGAAGCCCAUCGCCGUGGUGCGAUGGGAGAACAUCACCACCUUGACCUGCACGUCCUCCGGCUACCCCGCCCCCAGGAUAUACUGGUACCAGUGUUCCGGAAUCAGAACCAGCUGCAGCGCGAACGUUUCGGCAGUGCCGGAGCCCCUCCCGGCGGAGACGGUGGAGGUGCAGCGGGAGAGGUACGGCCCGGUGGAGGUGGAGAGUGUGCUGACCGUCGGCCCGUCCAGCCGCAGGACGACCGUGGAGUGCGUGGCCUUCAACCUGGCCGGGGUGGGCUCAGACACCUUCGCCAUGGAGGUCUACCCUAAGCUGUUUACUCCCACCCUGGUUGGCGCAGCAGCAAUGGCUGCCAUCUUCCUGCUGCUUCUGUUGAUCCUGCUCUACAAAUACAAGCAGAAACCCAGGUAUGAAAUCCGGUGGAAGAUCAUUGAAGCCAGCGAUGGAAACAACUACACCUUUAUUGACCCCUCCCAGCUUCCGUACAAUGAGAAAUGGGAGUUCCCAAGAGACAAGCUGAAGCUAGGAAAGAUUCUGGGUGCCGGUGCGUUUGGGAAGGUGGUGGAGGCCACAGCGUAUGGCCUGGGAAAAGAGGACAACGUCAUGCAGGUCGCCGUGAAGAUGCUCAAACCGAGCGCGCACCCGGACGAGAAGGAGGCGCUGAUCUCCGAGCUGAAGAUCCUGAGCCACCUGGGACAGCACAAGAACAUCGUCAACCUGCUGGGCGCCUGCACCCACGGAGGACCAGUACUGGUGAUCACGGAGUACUGCUGCCAUGGCGACCUGCUUAACUUCCUGCGGGGCAAAGCCGAGACCUUCCUGAACUGUGUCAUGACCAUGCCCGAGAUCCCAGAGGAGACCGGCGUCUACAAGAACCUCAGCACCGAGAAGAAGUACAUUAGAAGCGACAGCGGGAUCUCCAGCUCCUGCUCGGACAGCUACCUGGACAUGAAGCCGGGUACCGUUUCCGGGCCAACACAGAGUCCAUCCAGUGAGGAGGACGCCGUGGACUCCUGGCCGCUGGACAUGGACGACCUGCUGAGGUUCUCCUUACAGGUGGCCCAGGGCCUGGACUUCCUGGCGGCCAAAAACUGCAUCCACAGAGACGUGGCGGCGAGGAACGUCCUGCUGACCGACGGGCGCGUGGCGAAGAUCUGCGACUUCGGCCUGGCGCGGGACAUCAUGAACGACUCCAACUACGUGGUGAAAGGAAACGCCCGGCUCCCGGUGAAGUGGAUGGCGCCGGAGAGCAUCUUCGAGUGCGUGUACACCGUGCAGAGCGACGUCUGGUCCUACGGCAUCCUGCUGUGGGAGAUCUUCUCCCUGGGUAAGAGCCCUUACCCGAGCAUCCUGGUGGACACCAAGUUCUACAAGAUGAUCAAGUGCGGCUACCAGAUGUCCCGGCCCGACUUCGCCCCACCCGAAAUGUACUCCAUCAUGAAGAUGUGCUGGAACCUGGAGCCUACGGACAGACCGACCUUCUGCAAGAUCAGCCAGCUGAUCCAGAGACUGCUGGGGGAGCAGCCAGAGCAGAAGGUGUACGAGAACGUGCGCACGGACCCGCUGGAGGGGCAGCCGGAAUCCUGCGAGGCCACGCAAUGCUGCGAGGAGUCAUGUGACCAGCCGCAGUCAUGUGACCAGGAAGAGGAGGAGCAACCGCUGAUGAACGCCAACCAUUACCAGUUCUGCUAAGGUGUUAAAACUAACCCCACCCCACCCCACCCCACCCCACCCCUC